GAAACGGAAGCAGCUCGAGCGCGGCGGGCGCUGUAAUAUUAUAAAAGGCCUUCCAGUGAAACGAAACUAAACCGGCCCUGAGCCCCAGUGAGAGAAUAGGUUGUGCUGACAGGUUAUGGUUUAACGGUCUCCCUGCGCUUUCCUCGUUUCCUGUUUUUGUCGGAUAUUUUAAUUUAGGAUAUUUAAAAAUGCCGAGAAGCGGAAAGAAGGGCUACAAGGGCAGGAGGAAGCAGUUCUCCAACCCUGAGGAGAUUGACCGACAGAUGAGAGCCGAAAAGGAGAAGGAAGAUGACGCAGAUUCAGACCCCGAGAGCACAUCAGAGUCUGAAGAAAGCAGUGAUGAUGAACAGCAGAGGAGGAAAGGAGUGGAAGGGCUCAUAGAAAUUGAGAAUCCCAACCGCAUCACCCAGAACAGCAAGAAGGUGACAGACCUGGAUGUCAGUGUCCCCAAAGAGCUGAGUCGUCGAGAGAGGGAGGAGAUUGAGAAGCAGCGUGCUAAGGACCACUAUAUGAAGCUGCAUUUAGAGGGGAAGACGGAGCAAGCACAGGCAGACCUCGCACGGCUAGCCAUCAUCAAGAAGCAGCGGGAAGAAGCUGCUAGGAAGAGGGAAGAGCUCAGGAAAGAAAAAGAAGAGGCUGCAAAGUAUAAACGCUAGUGGUCCCUUCCCAGAAUGUCUUGCUGGGGUUGGGUACAAACAGCUGUAUAACAGAAAGACAUGGAUGCCAUUAGACUUUACAUGGAGAAGAUGAGACCGGUGGACCUGUGAAAGAUGAAUCAAGAAGAACAUUCUAGUCUGGGGUUCUAUCAUCAGCUCUACUCAACCUCUGUCAAACAUGCUUUUCCAAACUACUUCUCUACUGUUUUAAUGUUUCUGGAGUUUGUCCAUUCCUUAAUUUUAACUCUGUUGCUUACCUAUGGGAAGGGUGUGCCCUCACCUUUAAAUAAGAGCCAAGAUUGGGGCAGGUGAUUGGCAGAGGGGCAGUAUCAGAAGCAAUUCUACGAUUGCUUGUCCUUCCGUCUUUCUCUCCCUGCUGCCUCUUCACUUGUGUCUCAGUCUUUGGGUGUGUUCAUGGUUUUUUGGUGGAAAAUGCCAUUAGUUUUUUUGUGGCAUUUCUCUUCUAUUUUAGGACCAAUAGGCUGUUUAUGCCUUUUGCAGUUUACAGAACCAUUGUCUCCUGUUGCCGAAACCAUUCAGUUUUAGCUGGAUGGGGAUAUUUGUGGUGCUUUGAGCAACAGCUGCCAGCUCAUAUAUUGGAAGGAUGGAUUCACUAAAAUGUGUACAGUGUUUACAGUUGAGGUGGGGGGAAGAUAAUCCAUGUUAUGAAGGUCUUAAUUUUGUGUGUUUGAUUUGAUUUAAAAUAAAUGCAUACACAAACUUG